GCGUGGGAGCGGCCGCCGCCCGCCCCGCGGAAAAGAGGGGGCGGGGAAGGGGCGGCCGGGCGCCUCCGCCGCGCCGGUCCUGGGGGAGCGAGGCUGCAGGUGGGCGCGCUGCCGCUCGGGACUCGCUUGGAAGCGCCUCGCCCGGGAAAAGUUUCUGUCUCCUCUUUCCCCCUCCCCCCCACCUUCUUUCUUUCCCUUUUUACCUCCUUCCCUUCCUCUCCUUUAUCCUGUCCACUGGCACCAUGACGGCAUCUCCCGACUACCUGGUGAUCCUCUUCGUGACUACGGCGGGCACCAACGGGGCAAGGAUGGGCUCGGAUGAGCGAGAGCUUCUCCAGCUCCUGUGGAAAGUGGUCGACCUGAGGAGUAAGGAGCUGGGGCACCUGCAUGACGUGCUGGUCCGGCCUGACCACCCAGAGCUGACUGCUGAGUGCCAGGAGAUCACCCAGGUCGAUGUGGAGAGCCUGGUACUGGCUCCACCGCUGGAGCAGGCACUGAGACAGUUUAAUCAGUCGGUGAGCAAUGAGCUGAACAUUGGUGUAGGUACUUCCUUCUGUUUCUGUACUGAUGGACAGUUGCACAUUAGGCAAGUUUUGCACCCUGAAGCUUCCAAAAAGAGUAUCUUAUUACCUGAAUGCUUCUACUCCUUUUUUGACUUGCGGAAAGAGUUCAAGAAAUGUUGCCCUGGCUCACCUGAUGUUAGCAAACUCGAUGUUGCAGCCAUGACAGAAUAUUUAAGUCUUGACAAGAACAGUCCAGCGUUUCCCUAUGGAGCCUCUCAAGUUGAAGACAUGGGAAAUAUUAUUCUAACACUAAUAUCUGAACCAUACAACCACCGAUUUUCAGAUCCAGAAAGAGUGAACUACAAAUUUGAAAGUGGACCUUGCAGCAAGAUGGAACUUGUGGAUGACAAUGCCGUUAUCCGAGCAAGAGGAUUGCCGUGGCAGUCGUCUGACCAGGACAUAGCCAAGUUCUUCAAAGGCCUAAAUAUUGCCAAAGGAGGUGCUGCACUUUGUCUCAAUGCCCAGGGUAGGAGGAAUGGGGAGGCUCUCGUGAGGUUUGUAAGUGAAGAGCAUAGAGACCUGGCACUGCAAAGGCACAAGCAUCACAUGGGGAGUCGAUACAUCGAGGUAUACAAGGCAACAGGUGAAGACUUCCUUAAAAUUGCAGGAGGCACUUCCAACGAGGUUGCGCAGUUCUUGUCCAAAGAAAACCAAGUGAUUGUCAGGAUGCGAGGUCUUCCUUUCAAUGUAACAACAGAAGAGGUGCUGACGUUUUUUGGCCAGCACUGCCCUGUCACAGGAGGAAAGGAGGGAGUUCUGUUUGUCACGUACCCUGAUAGCAGGCCGACAGGGGACGCCUUUGUGUUGUUUGCUUGUGAGGAAUAUGCACAAAACGCACUGAAAAAGCAUAAGGACUUGCUGGGGAAAAGGUACAUUGAACUCUUCAGGAGCACUGCAGCAGAAGUUCAGCAGGUGCUGAACAGGUACUCUUCCACUCCUCUCAUUCCUCUCCCGACACCUCCUAUUCUUCCAGUAUUACCUCAACAGUUUGUGCCUCCCACUAACGUCAGAGACUGCAUACGUUUGCGUGGUCUUCCCUAUGCUGCUACUAUCGAGGACAUCCUGGAGUUCUUGGGGGAGUUUUCCACAGAUAUCAGGACACAUGGAGUUCAUAUGGUCCUGAAUCACCAGGGACGUCCAUCAGGAGAUGCUUUUAUUCAGAUGAAAUCUGCAGAUCGAGCUUUUCUGGCUGCACAGAAGUGUCAUAAGAAGACCAUGAAGGACAGAUAUGUUGAAGUCUUUCAGUGUUCUGCUGAGGAGAUGAACUUUGUAUUAAUGGGGGGCAUUUUAAAUCGAAAUGGCUUGUCCCCACCACCAUGUAAGUUACCAUGCCUUUCACCUCCUUCCUACUCCUUUCCAGCUCCUGCUGCAGUUGUGCCAACAGAAGCUGCCCUGUAUCAGCCAUCCAUGCUUCUCAACCCACGAACGCUCCAGCCCUCCACGGCAUACUACCCUGCUGGGGCUCAACUCUUCAUGAACUACACGGCAGCGUACUACCCAAGUACGCAGCAGAGGAUGGACUUGUACACACAAAUGAUCCGGCCAGGACAGUGUCCAAAGAAUGGAUUUGCAUUUAAGGGCCCCAGCAGUUAGACUUCCUUAGAGAAGGUAAGGAUAAACCAGGACGUGGGUUUGGGGGUAUCAGUGUGUGCUUCAGAUAACCACCAUACUGCACAUAACUUUUCAUUUGCUGCCCUGGGAACAUGGCUAUUCUUUGCUACAUCCAGAAUGUCACACUGCAAUAUAUAAAACCUUGGCUACUAAAACCAUCACUUAAAGGAUUUUGACUACUCCAGUCUUGUUAUGGGCUGCUGCUUUGCAUAGUUCCCAGGGCUCCAAAUGCAUGUUACUUCAAGCUUUAGUAUCAGCACUGAGAGGCUCCAGAAGCUCCUCAGAGUCAGUUUGCUCUGAGGAGUAAAGUGCAGAGAUGAUGUUACCCUCUUAGCAAUGCGCUAGAGUCUGGUGCUGGUUAGGCAGAAUGAUCUACUUUCUUAGGUAACUACAACAUCCCAUUUUUAAUCUCCUGCUGAUGUAAAAUUGCAGCAGUGAAGUAGACUGUGUGUGGAUAACUGACAACUACUCUCUUGCUUUGUGAGCUUUCUGAUCAGGCCACUUCAGCCUUUCAAGCUUGGUUUACUUGAUCUUCUGUAUAGGAACAAUCAAAGGGUGAAGUCACCCAGAAAGCAUUUGUGCACAAAAACGCAAGUUGAACUGAAAAGCAGUGUAUUGUUGACCACAGUGUGUGUUUUAUGUGCAGUAGUGCCAGAGGAAGGUAUAGAAAUAUAUUUACAAAAAAUGCUUCUGUAAUCUCAGGUCUUUUAAAAAUAGAUAGUCAAAGAAGUGGUAAGUUUUAUUUUAUACUCUCUUUUCCUCUAUUGCUUUUCUCACCUUCCCCUCUGAAAAAUAACAAGGUGUCCUCUUUUUCACAUUCUCUCUUCUCUGACACAAAGGUUAUUAGCCCAGGAUGUAACCCACUUCUGGGCAAAAGCUGCAUCUACAGCAUCACCUUACUGUCAUCUGGUCUAAGAGUCCUGCCAAGUUAAGUACAGCACAUAUGAAAACAAAAGUGACCACUGCAGUUGGCCAACAAGUUGAUUUUUUGUCUACAUUGAUAAAAAUAAACCUCACCCCUAUAACUAACAAUCUGAGACCAUAGUUGGUUAGGCCAUAGGUGAUUAGUAGCAUCCUGGCUUAAACUGUGUUACAUUGCUUCCCAUCCACCCAUAGCUGCUUGUCUGUGGUGAGCUUUAUCGUGUAGCGACCUAGGUCAGGGAAGCUGAUCCAACUGGAAGAGUCCAUGGGAUUUGUCUUUCAGUCUGUUUUCACCCAUUCCAGUUUACAGCUUAGCUGCAUGUGUACCUUGUGUCAGCACAGAGAUGGGAGGUAGAAAAGAAGCAAAGCAGGCACUGAGGGAUAGUAACAGCAUUGCUAUGUUGGAGUUGGUUGUAACGCUUAAUCUCAAAAGCUAAAAAGGUCAUGUAAUAUUGGAUAAAUUAUGGCAUACUCAUAGUGAAACAGUGUUAUUCUCUCUAACAAAAUAUCAUGGGAAACCUGUGUUUUAAGGUGAAAAAACUUUUGAUCUUUCUGUAAAAAUUUGGAAAUUAAGAAAUUAAGAUUUGUUUUUAUUGUGGUGUUCAGUGACCUGCACAACUCUUUCACACAGAUUCCUCCACCCUUUCUGAGGUUUUGAACAAACACAGCGAGUCUAGAUGGAGAUUUUGAUAUAUUCCCAGUUUUACCACAGCUCAAGCCAGUUGUGCUCCAGAAAAAAAAAAAAUCACAACUCUGGAAAUCACCAGGUGGACCUCUUAACUGUUCUAAAGUUAAUGCACAGUUUUUGGACAUGCACGCACUAGACCACUAAGCCCUUCACUGAGAGCACAGCUGCUGAAAUCAUGCAAGUCCUUGAGGGUUUUCUCUUGAUAAAGAAAGUGUUAAUCUACUCAACACAGAAAUAGUUUAGGCUAAAGCUACAAAAUCUGAUCUACUAUGUUCUUUGAAAUAGCCAAAGUCUUUUUCUACCUAAUUUUGCA